ACCACACCAUAUUAUCUAUUUCGGUUCGGUUUGGUUUGGUACGGUUUGGUUUUACUAUAUUAGACAGGCCUAAAUGCCUAAUAUAUACUGAAGUUACAAAAUCAUACUCCUACAAUAUAUGAGAAAAUCAUACAAUUAGUGUGGAAAAUGAAAUAUAUAAUAAAAUGAUUGUAAUGAUUGAGUGAGAUAUAUACUCUUUCCUUACAUCAACUUCACACCUUUUUCGGACCCAUGUGGAAAUCAAUAUAUAUAUUUCCAAUUCUAACAUAUACUUAUUCGAUUGUGUUUCUCAUUUCCAUCUUACAUCGAUCUCACAGUACUAAGCAAAAACAUGAACCCUACUCAUGACAAACCAAUACUACUUACAUUAUUCACUCUUAUUCUCCAACUUUCAAACGCUAUCAAUGCAUCACCAUCCCCACCCAUAACGGCUCUUUACGCAUUUGGCGACUCCACAGUUGAUUCCGGUAACAACAACUAUAUCCCUACUCUUUUCCGGAGCAACCAUUCACCCUAUGGUAGAUCCUUUCCGGCCAAACUCUCCACCGGAAGAUUCUCAGACGGAAAACUCGCCACCGACUUCUUAGCCUCCUCUCUAGGACUCAAAUCCACUAUACCAGCUUACCUCGAUCCUUCGGUCAAACCACUUGACCUUUUGACUGGCGUUAGUUUUGCCUCGGCCGGAGGUGGUUUAGAUGAUCGCACGGCCAUGCUAUCGUUGACUUUGACCAUGGACAAGCAAUGGAGUUACUUUGAGGAGGCGGUACGUAAGAUGAAGAGUGUAGUUGGAGAGUCGGAGACUAACAGGGUGAUUAAGAAUGCUUGGUUUGUGAUUAGUGCGGGGACUAAUGAUAUGAUCUUUAACGUUUAUGAUCAUGUUCUUGGGAGUUUUAUCUCGGUUUCGGAUUAUCAAGACUAUCUACUCAGAAACGUCGAAGCUUUUGUCCAGAGACUACACGACGCAGGAGCCCGAAGGAUUACAGUAGCGGGACUACCACCAAUAGGAUGCCUUCCGGUGCAAGUAACACUUGGUACUGUCACUCUCCCUCGGAUCUUCCAUAAACGGAUCUGUACGGAAAACCAGAACACUGAUUCUCAGCUAUACAAUCAAAAGCUACUGAAGCUAAACUUCCUUUUCAGUCAGAGGCUUCGAGGCUCCAAAAUUCUUUACCUCGACAUCUACACUCCAAUAAUGGACAUGAUCAAACAUCCUUAUAAAUACGGAUUAGAAGAAACGUUAAAAGGAUGUUGCGGGACGGGGUUCUUAGAAGCAGGACCUCUAUGCAAGUCGUUGUCUGGAACUUGUGAUGAUGUUUCCAAGUAUUUGUUCUUCGAUUCUGUGCAUCCUACCCAAAAGGCUUACUCUGUCAUUGCUACUUACGCCUUACAAAAAUUGUUGCCUCUCCUCUAAUUUGUUAGUGUAAAGAUAACACUACAAUUGAGUAAUGCAGAAAAUAAAUCAAGAGACAAAAUAGAUAUAAGCAACCAACUAUUGUUUUAUUAGAAAUCGCCUAAAAAAUUUAUUACAAGACUUGUUUAUCAGCUUUACACAACCUGUUAACAUCCUAACAGCUGUUAAUGAAAGAUUCUUAAUCUAUCCAAACUUAUCUCUUUAUCGUCAGUACUUCAACAUAUGCAUCACCACGACCCAAGAACACCCCUAAGAGAUUUUCACCCUUACUCUAUAAUAAUAGUCAGUGUCUUAUGAAAUACACACGACUCCAUAGCUCUUUUAUAGUGAUUUUCACAUUCUUGAAAUCCUAAUCUCCAAAGAACAUGGAUACAAACAACUUCCAUAUCAAUAAGUAUACUUUCUUUUUCUUAAAAUGCACUUAUUUUUUAAAGCAUAAACUUGCUUCUCAAGUUUAUCUCCUGCCUUUUGUCCACGGUAUAAACUUGCUCCUCAAGUAUAUCCCACGCCAGCUCAACACCUUGCAUCCAUAUGGUCUCCACAACUCUGCAUGCCUCCUGGUUCACUCUCUGGCGCACACUGCCUCAUCAACUACUUCAACGACUACAUCAAGAUAUAAACUCUUAGUUUAUCCUUCUUCAUCUCAGCAUAUCUUGCAUCCAUAUGGUAACCCACCACUCUGCAUACCUUAUGUAGUAAUGACUAAUGCAUCCAACAUCAGUGACUUCGUUGCCUAGUUAAUCUUGAAAGACUAUUGACAUCUACAAGUUCAACCUGCAUCUUUAUAAUUUUUAUAUUAUUCUCUGCAAUUUUUUAAGGAAUGUUAUCACGUCCACAACACUUUUCGCAAGCUAACUGACAAAUAUAAACUUUUAAUUUUGUUACUACGGUUUAUUUCCCUCUCCAAACUAACUGACAAUUAAUUCAGAGUGAAGAAAUUUCGAGUCUCGAGUUAUGUUAACUAGGUUAUUAGAGAGGGCAUUCAUUGAUAAUAUGGGAAUAAAUUCUGAUUAAAAGACAUUUUAAUGAAUAUGUGGGGGUCAUCUUCUAUAUGGCAUUUAGGUAUGAACAUUGAAGAAAAAUAUGUAUUGUGUAGCCUUUUUCAAAAAAAAAAAAAAUUUAUGUAUUGUGAAAAUGCUACGAUAAGUCAAAUAUUAACAACAAAAGGAUCUUUCACCUUACAUAAAUAUUUGACUUAUAUAUACUGUCCAAAAUAUUAAGGAUUGGGAAGAAUCUGAUACAAACAAAGAAACAAGUAGACACAAAACCAGAAAAACCUUUCGUAGUUUUUUUAUUCCCUGAAAAAUAUGUAAAUAUUCUGAAAUAUAUAAUACAAUAUAGUCAAAUUGUUUUCAAGACCCGAGAUGAUAAGAAAACUAGUAUGGCAAAGUACAUCUGUCUUCUUGUUUUUCUCUUUUAUUUUAUUUUAAAAGAAAGUCAUAUGAGAGAAGAAACAAAUAUGCAAAGAACUUCCGUUGUAAUAUAAAAGGAGUGGUAUU